AUGAGAAACAACCUUGGAAAUAAGUUGGAGGAAGAGAGUGUACAGAGCAAAGACUCCUUCCGUAUUUGUUUUCAAGAUAAGGAGAUAUUUGGCUACAAAACCCAAGGCUGGCAGAGAAUCUUGUGCACUGCUGGGUACAUCUUGUCCUGUGGGGCUCUGCUGCUGCUGUUUUACUGGAAGCCGGAGUGGGAUGUGUGGGCAAACUGCAUCUGCUGCAGCUUGGAAGAGGCAGAUACUGUUCUGCUCAGAACAACAGAUGAGUUUCACAGAUACACCCGGAAGAAGGUGACCUGGAUUGAUUUGUCCACAUUGGCACUACCUGUUGGUACUAAUUCAGAUUGUCCUCUUGUAGCUGAUAAAGACUCUGUCAUAAACAGAGCCGUAAUGAAGCCAGAGUUAAAGGUGAGAUGUAUCCAGGUGCAGAAAAUCCGUUAUAUUUGGGACUUUUCUGUAAAAGAAUUCAAGAAAGUUGGAUCAUUAGAAGACAGCAACACAUGUCACAGCAUACACCACAAGUUUGGAGCUGGCCUCACGAGGGAAGAACAGAAGAUCAGGCAGCUGGUAUGUGGGCCUAAUGCCAUCGAAGUUGAAAUUCGUCCUAUUUGGAAGUUACUUUUUAAAGAGAUUUUAAACCCCUUCUAUGUGUUCCAAGCCUUCACCCUCACGCUGUGGCUGAGCCAGGGCUACGUUGAGUAUUCGGUGGCCAUCAUAAUCCUGUCGGUCAUUUCUGUUGGCUUAACUGUGUACGACCUCAGGCAGCAGUCUACCAAGCUGCAUGACCUUGUUGAGGAGCAUAACAAAGUCCGGGUUACAGUCUGCACCAAGAACGAAGGUUGCAAAGAGCUGGAGUCUCGUUACUUAGUUCCUGGAGACGCGUUUCUUUUAGGCGGAAAAAAGAUCUCUCUCCCAUGCGAUGCUGUCCUGAUUGAUGGAAGCUGCAUUGUGAAUGAAGGGGUGCUCACAGGUGAAAGCAUUCCGGUUACUAAGACCCCCUUGCCCCUCACGGAGAGUGCAACGCCCUGGAAAACCCACAGCAUGGAAGACUAUCGGAGACACGUCCUCUUCUGUGGGACAGAAGUCAUACAGACGAAGCCGAUGGGCAGAGGGCCAGCAAGAGCUGUUGUGCUGCAAACCGGGUUCAAUACAGCCAAAGGCGACCUGGUGAGAUCCAUCCUCUACCCCAAGCCAGUGAACUUCAAACUCUACAGAGAUGCCUUCAAGUUCAUCGUAGGCCUCUCUGCCAUUGGUGUGUUGGGACUCAUCUACGCUGUAUGUGUGUUCAUGUCCCACAAGAAGCCAGUGGCAGACGUGGUGGCCAUGUCCCUCCUCCUCCUCACCGUGGCUGUGCCUCCCGCUAUCCCUGCUGCCUUGACAACAGGCACUGUUUAUGCUCAAAGGAGGCUGAAGAAAAAGAAGAUUUUCUGCAUCAGCCCACAGAGGAUUAAUAUCUGCGGGCAGAUCAACCUUGCUUGCUUUGACAAAACAGGCACGCUGACAGAAGAUGGACUGGACCUGUGGGGCAUCGUUCCUUCCGAAGGAAGCCGGUUUCAGAAAAUCCAUAAGUUCCCAUCCAGCACUCCUCUGCCCUGGGGACCUGUGUGCGGUGCCAUGGCGAGCUGUCAUUCCCUGAUUGUUUUGGAUAAGAAGAUUGAGGGAGAUCCGCUGGACCUCAAAAUGUUUGAGGCCACACACUGGGAGAUAGAUGACUCCUGCACAGCUCAGGAUGGGACUGGUGCCUUUGAUACCUGCAUCGUUAAACCAGGACCGAAGGCCAGCAGUGCUCCCGUGGAAGGAAUAGCAAUCCUACAUCAAUUCCCAUUUUCUUCUGGGCUGCAGAGGAUGUCUGUUGUUGCACAGAAGAUCGGAGAUGAGCAGUGUGACCUGUACAUGAAAGGAGCACCAGAAAUAGUGUCCAGCUUUUGUCGACAAGAAACUGUCCCAGCUAAUUUCUUAAAGGAGCUUAAGACGUACACAAGCCAAGGCUUCAGAGUCAUUGCCCUGGCCCAUAAAGUGCUAAACCUAGGAAAGGAUGUGGACAUGAGCAACCUAGAGAGAGAGGAGGCAGAGUCUGGGCUGACGUUCCUGGGCCUUCUGGUGAUGGAAAACUGCCUGAAGCAAGAGACAAAGCUUGUGCUACAAGAGCUGGCUGCUGCCCGCAUCAGGAGCGUCAUGGUCACAGGGGACAACCUGCAGACAGCUGUCACAGUGGCCAGGAACGCGGGUAUGAUUCACACAGGCAGCAAAGUCAUCCUCGUCGAAGCCAGUGAACCACAGGGCUCUGCUCCAGCUUCCAUUGCCUGGCGAUUGGCAGAAGACAGCAAAGCAAACACAGCUGUUCCCCAUGAGGUGUGUGCUAAUACUGAGGAAAAGAUCACCUUGGAAGGAGAAACCUGCAACUACCAUUUCGCAAUGAAUGGAAAGUCCUAUCAGGUUGUCAUAAAGCACUUCUAUAGCUUGCUGCCAAAAAUACUGGUGAAUGCGACUGUCUUUGCUAGGAUGUCUCCUGGCCAGAAGUCCAGCCUCAUUGAAGAGUUUCAGAAACUCAAUUACUACGUGGGUAUGUGUGGUGACGGCGCCAACGACUGCGGGGCUCUGAAAGUGGCCCAUGCAGGAAUAUCGCUGUCAGAGCAGGAGGCAUCCGUGGCCUCGCCUUUCACCUCCCAAAUCCCCAAUAUCCAGUGUGUGCCGGAGCUGAUCAGGGAAGGUCGAGCUGCUUUGGUUGCUUCCUUUGCUGUGGUUAAAUACCUGACCCUUUACGGCCUGAUUCAGUUUGUUGGUACCGCUCUGCUGUAUUGGCAACUGCAAAUCUUUGGGAAUCGCCAGUAUUUGAUACAAGACGUUGUCAUUACCCUUCUGGUUUGCCUAACAAUGAGCCUGACUGAAGCCUAUCCAAAGCUGGGACCUUAUCGUCCUCCUGGCCAGCUCAUCUCUCCUCCACUGCUGCUUUCCAUCAUCCUCAACGUGUGCUUUACCAUAAUCAUGCAAACCUGUGGCUUCCUUCUGGUGAAGCAGCAGCCCUGGUAUGUAGCGCUGGCCAGCCAGAGACACUGCUCUCCAGGGAACCAGACCACGUUCCCCACCAGCCCAGGGGAAAAUGGUACCAUGAGCAGUGCUCAGAGCAGCGUCCUCAGUUACGAAGACACAACGCUGUGGCCACUGUCCUCUGUCAACUGCAUCAUUGUGGCCUUCGUCUUUUCCAAGGGAAAACCCUUCCGGAAGCCCAUCUACACCAACU